AUGUUUUGGAUUCCCAUAUCAACAUUAAUUUUUAUACGAUUAUGUGUAUCUCAGCCGUCAAUCCCUCCACCAGAACGACCAGAAUGCAGUGAAAGUUGGCAAUCACCAGAUUUGACCUACGUUCCAUCCAUCAACCAGUGUUCCGAUUACACCUCCGGAGCCGGAGUAAUGUGUCAACCAAAUAACCCUUUCACUUGCACUGGACGGAACCCAUUUUGUGCAACCGCUGGAGACAAGGCAUUCAAAUGUUGCAGUGAUAUUAUCCAGGACUCUACGGAACUUUCUAGAUUAAACGCGUCGCAAAUAAAACCAAUUUGCCCGGCUGGAGCGAUCCCUUACAAAAUGCCACAAGUUUUGUUAUGUGACCCGACUAUUGUUAAUAUCUGCCCGUACGACUACAAGUGCGUCGAAGCAGCUAAUGGUCAUCAACUUCCAGCCGACGGACGAUCUCUUUGUUGUAAAACCAGCACGCUCUACUCGUUUGCAUCUGUUUUUGGAGAAGCUAAAAUAAGCCCUCGUAUUGUGCCAAAUCCCCCUCUUUCAGCCAUCGAAUAUGUCACUCUGAACGUUCACACUUCCGCCAAAGAGCACUCGCCGGAAAUUAGGAUUGGUGAUCAUUUCGUGCUGACUCCCUACAAACUCUACGAACCGGCGUAUUUGAAAAAGAUCAAACUGUUUUCGGACUUUGGCCACGGCUCAUUUGUGCAUGUCAUCCUUUUUGGUAAACUCAUUUUGAACAUGUUCCAUCCCAUGUCAACAACUGAAACGAUGCAAUUCUACUACGAUCGUCCCACUUCUAAUGGGAAAACGAUAAGUUUAGAUGAACCAAUUCCAGAUGGAGGAUUCAUCUCGAAGAGAAUAUUCAAUGCGGCUCCAAUUACACAAAUAGAAAACCCCUCUCGUCCGGGACCGAUUAAAGAAUACCGCAAAUUAUGGAUUGUUCUUAUUUUCAAAACUACUAAUCCCUUUGGUCGAGUUUACAUUCUUUCGACUAAAGAUUUGCACAGCAAGUAUCGUUCGGUGACUGAUUUCUUGAAAUCAGAUACUGGGAACAUGCUAGGAACUCCUGUAGCUGGAACUUAUUUCUAUAUUUUGAAGUGGUCUUCAAAAUCUCGGUUACGCAUUAUUGGGUAA